CCUGGAUGUAGGCAAGCAGGCGUGCACACACACCGGCAGCUCCCGUCUCACUCUCUGCACCGUUAUCCCUCCGCGCUCUCCUUUAAGCUAGUGGAUUUGAGCCAGCUGCUGCGUAAAAACACAGCCAAAAUGUCUGACAAGCCUGAUAUGACUGAGAUUUCUCGUUUUGACAAGACAAAGCUUAAGAAGACCGAGACAAAAGAAAAAAACCCUCUACCCACCAAAGAGACGAUUGAGCAAGAGAGGAAAGGAGAUGCCACACCUUGACUGAUAAGCACAUGAAGAAAAGAAGCUGGGAUGCCACAGCAAAAUGCACUUUGUUUUUCAUUAUCACAGUAUUCCCAUCUCCUACUUUUGUCGUCAGAUAAAGGGUGCUCCUGAGCUGAGAAGGGUUACAUCCUCAUAUGGAUGGGAGGGGGUCGCUUUAUCACGUGAGAGCAGAAGAGUUAGUCUGGUUCCCUGUCUCCAACAUUGCCAAACUGGGAAGAGUGGUGCUGUGAUGUAGCAUCACGAGGCAGGCAACCAAACUAUGGGGGGAUAAGGGUGG